AGCAAGUCUGCAGGCGUCUGUCUUUCUCUCCCCCUGUCUUCCCCUCCUCUCUCCUGUGGGAGCCGCGGGUUUCUUUCUCCGCAGCCCCGCUGUCCGCCGGCCGCCGGGGGCGCUGUGGGCCGCAGGGCGCCGGGUCGCGGUCGUCGUGGCGUCUGCGGCGCGUCUGACGGGCGCAGUCGGCGGGGCCGCGGGAGUCUCUGGCCGAGAUUGCGUCUCUGCCGCCGCCGCCAUGGCUACAAAAGACCCCACAGCCGUAGAGAGAGCAAACUUGUUAAACAUGGCUAAACUGAGUAUCAAAGGACUCAUUGAGUCUGCUCUGAGCUUCGGCCGCACCUUGGAUUCUGACUACCCCCCCUUGCAGCAGUUCUUCGUUGUCAUGGAACAUUGUCUGAAACAUGGCCUUAAAGUAAGAAAAUCAUUUUUGAGUUAUAACAAAACUAUCUGGGGCCCUUUGGAACUGGUAGAGAAGUUGUACCCAGAAGCAGAAGAAAUAGGAGCCAGUGUUCGGGAUUUACCUGGUCUUAAGACCCCCUUGGGUCGUGCAAGAGCAUGGCUUCGAUUAGCUCUUAUGCAAAAAAAGAUGGCUGAUUACCUGCGUUGCUUAAUAAUUCAAAGGGAUCUCUUGAGUGAAUUCUAUGAGUAUCAUGCACUAAUGAUGGAAGAAGAAGGAGCGGUAAUUGUUGGGCUGCUGGUUGGCCUGAAUGUAAUAGAUGCUAAUCUGUGUGUGAAAGGAGAGGAUUUAGACUCCCAGGUUGGAGUGAUUGAUUUUUCCAUGUACUUAAAGAAUGAAGAAGAUAUCGGAAAUAAAGAAAGGAAUGCUCAGAUUGCUGCCAUAUUAGAUCAGAAGAAUUACGUUGAAGAGUUAAACAGACAACUGAACAGCACAGUCAGCAGUCUUCAUUCAAGAGUUGAUUCAUUAGAAAAAUCAAAUACUAAGCUGAUUGAAGAGCUAGCAAUUGCAAAGAAUAACAUCAUCAAGCUCCAAGAAGAAAAUCAUCAAUUACGAAGUGAAAAUAAAUUGAUUUUAAUGAAAACACAGCAACAACUAGAGGUUACCAAAGUAGAUGUGGAAACUGAGCUUCAGACAUAUAAGCAUUCUCGACAGGGGCUGGAUGAAAUGUACAGUGAAGCCAGGCGGCAACUUCGAGAUGAGUCUCAGCUACGACAGGAUGUGGAGAGUGAGCUAGCAGUGCAAGUCAGUAUGAAACAUGAGACUGAACUUGCCAUGAAGUUGCUGGAGAAAGAUAUUCAUGAGAAACAAGACGCUCUGAUAGGCCUUCGACAACAACUAGAGGAAGUUAAAGCAAUCAACAUAGAGAUGUAUCAGAAGUUGCAGGGUUCAGAGGAUGGUUUGAAAGAAAAAAAUGAAAUAAUGGCUCAACUAGAAGAAAAAACCAACACAAUUACUGCAGCCAUGAGGCAGCUGGAACAAAGAUUGCAGCAAGCAGAGAAGGCGCAAAUGGAUGCUGAAGAUGAGGACAGGAAAUUGCUCCAAGAAUGUCAGAGUAAAUCCGACAGUCUACAGAAACAGAUCUCCCAAAAAGAGAAACAGCUGACACAACUGGAAACUGAUUUGAAGAUUGAGAAGGAAUGGAGGCAGACUUUGCAGGAAGAUCUUCAAAAGGAGAAAGAUGCCCUAUCUCAUCUUAGAAAUGAGACCCAACAAAUCAUUAGCCUUAAAAAAGAGUUCCUUAACCUGCAGGAUGAAAACCAGCAGUUGAAAAAAAUCUAUCACGAGCAGGAGCAGGCUCUUCAAGAACUUGGCAACAAACUUAGCGAGUCAAAACUUAAAAUAGAAGAUAUAAAAGAAGCCAAUAAAGCACUGCAGGGGCUGGUUUGGUUGAAAGACAAAGAAGCCACACAUUGUAAACUCUGUGAAAAAGAAUUUUCACUUUCCAAGAGAAAGCAUCACUGUAGAAACUGUGGAGAAAUUUUCUGUAACGCUUGUUCCGACAACGAACUGCCCUUACCUUCUUCACCAAAGCCAGUACGGGUUUGUGAUUCCUGCCAUGCGCUGCUGAUUCAGAGAUGUUCGUCUAACUUACCCUGAAACAACAGAACUAAACCUUUGUGUAUCAAGAGUAUUAUGAUGAAUGUUAUGAACAUGUAUUUAACGUAUGCAGACAGCCUUUAUUAAGCAGCUUUCAGACAGUACUGGUAGCAGUUCUAGCUUUGACAUAUUUAUUAUAGUAAUUAGGUUGUGUCAUUUGAUAAUCCCUUCUCCGUUGUCACUAAUCUUUUUUUUUUUUUAACAGGGCAUGCUCUAAAUAACUUUAGCCUAGUUUCUAAUGGAUGUAAUUCUUAAUACUGUUGAAAGGCCAGAUAGCAGAGCUAACACACAUUUUGCCUUAUUUUGUAAAGACCUUAAGAACAGAGAUCAUUGUCAAGUUGCUGUUUGAUGGUGCCUAUGAUUUUAAUGCACUUUAAAGCUUCGCAGUUCUCAGAAAAAUUUCAAUCGCAAAUCUUUCUUUAGAAACAUUAAUAAUCCAGUUCAAUAGAUUAUUCACCAGUUUGGUUAAGGCUUCAGUUAUUUUGCCUUUCCUUUGUCCAUUUGGAAACUAGAAAAGGCCAAUAUUUUACUCUAAAAAAUCCUCCUUUUGUACUUCCUUCCUGGGAAGACUGGGUUGCGCAGUGGAUAAAGCUUGGUUUUUUUUUUUUGCCUCCAGGAUUAUUUAUUGCUGGGGCUCAGUGCCUGCACUACAAAUCCAUUGUUCCUGGAAGCCAUUUUUUCCCAUUUUGUUGCCCUUGUCAUUAUUGUUGCCAUUGAUGUUGGAUAGGACAGAGAAAUCCACUUGUAGGUGGGGAACCGGGGGUUUGAACCAGGAUCCUUUCUCAGGUCCUUGCGCUGUGUGCCAUGUAAGCUUAACCUGCUGCGCUACUGCUUGGAGUUCUUAAGCAUGAAGUAGAGUUCACAUAUGCCAGAGUAGUUUUCUGGUCCUGUCACUCUCUUCCCCUCUUCUCAUUAAUACAUCUUUAUGAAGGAAAAAAAAAAAGUGGGGGGAGGUGGGGAGCCCCAGUGCUGGGGCAGGGCGGAAUGCAGCAGUACUUCAGUACGUACCUGUACCUUUUAAUGAACAAUGGGUUCUAGAGUUAGCGACUCAGCUUAGGCUUCUUGGAGCAGUUACACCACCAUCCAUUUACCUACUUACUGGUCUUUCCAUAUGCUGCCUGAUUUGUUGUUUUUUAAAGUUAAGCAUAUAUUUCCUUCAAGAUUGAAAGCAUAAGUCCUUUCCCUGAUAAAACCUAUUAAUAGCAGGGGAGUUCUACUCUAGAUAGGCUGUCUUCAAAGCACUAGAGAAACCCAAAAAGCAUUAAAACUUUAUAUGCCUUUCAUAAGCUUCAUUUAAAAAACUUUUAUUACAUUUCCAUUCCAGUAACUUAUUUGUAAUGUGGGCUAUAGGAGAAAAGUUCACUACAUACCUAGUAAUUUUAUUUUAAGCCAGGGUCUGGAGCAGACAAAGAUAUGGCCUCUGUCCUGUCCUGCCAUGAAAACUGUUUCAAGCAACACUAACCUGUUAUGCUUACACCAGGAACAUCAAGUAUACAUAGUUAUCCUUAUAUAGAUAUCACUACUUGGAAUGCCACUUUUAUUCUUUUUUUUUUUUUUUUUAACCAGAGCACUGUUCAGCUCUGGCUUUAAGGUGGUGUGGGAGAUUGAACCUGGGACUUGAGAGCCUCAGGCAUCAAAGUCUCUUUGCAUAACCAUUAUGCUAUACCCCCACCCCACUUUUAUUCCUAUUAGUCUAAUUUCAGCCAUGCACUUUUAAGUCUGUGAACCCAUUCCAGACAUUGUAGCUUACAUGCAUCACUCCUAAGCGUUUAUUUAUAGGGUUUCUUUUACUAUAGUUUCCUUUCCACUUGAGUACGUAAUUUCAUUAAAGCUUAAUAUUAAAUAUCUAAAUUGCCAAAGCAUGAAACUAGUAUUUUACUUGAAAUGUUAUUUUCUCCAGUAAGCUUUUGAGGUCUUAAGAAAGGAUAUGCACAUUUUUGGCAAUUUUAAGUACAGUCAUAGAAAUGUUCUCAACAACUACUAUAAUAUCGAACUGUUUUGGAUCAAAGGGAUGAAUUAACUUUUUCAUGAUUGUUAAAAAUGAGAUGAAGAUGAAAAUUUUUAAAUGCUAGUUUUAUUACUACGCUUGGGCCAAUUUCAAAACAUUUUUUUUGCUAAAAAUUCAGUCAACAUUUAAAUGACCUUUAGUUCCUUUUAUUUUCCAUUUAUACUUUUAGGAACCUGACUUUUAUGAUAGCAAUACAACAUAAUCCAUUUAAUUUUGGUUUAAGUUUUCUUGCCAAACUCAGUUCUACUUUGUGACUGGUAAAACCUAAAGAUUACCCCACAGUCUAUCUUAACACAUAUUUUCUCGUCUAGCUAUCAUGGUGCCAAUGAAUUAAUUCUUUUAUCCUACAAUGUUUAAAAAUGUGAAUUUUAUAAGCCAAAUAAAUGAUCUGGAAAGUU